AUUCCUAUCCAUGUAUGUUUCUUUCCUUUCACACCGUCUUUUGCUCUCAUCCACGAGAGAUGGAUCUACGCGAGCACGCUGGCAUACACCGUCGAUGAAAACACUGGUCGCUCAUCGACGGCAGUAGCGACCAACGCUUCUUUCCGUGGUCUGUUUGCUUUUGUUGCUACUGAGAUCGCUGUGCCUCUACAAUAUUGGCGACGGUGGUUUGCAUACCAUCUGGGCGGGGUUGAUGCCAUUACUAAUUGUAUUAUCUUACUGGUGUUGUACAAAGGCAGGACGUGGACAGAAGCUAGUGCUGAGCGGGAGAAGCGGAAGCUGGAUGGCAAGUAGAUGAUCAUCAUGGCUUCCGAAGUUCAGACCAUAGAUGAUACUAACUAUAAAUAUAACUAUAACAUUAAUAGAAUCAAGGCUCGUUUGCCGUCAAUU